AUGCAGGGGCAAAUCAGUUUCGCCCAAACCUGUUCCAGAUUCCGAGAUGUUUUUUUUGUCUGGUCGCGACGUGACUAUGCAAAUGUUGCUAUUCUUGGUGAUGUUGAGCCCUGGGAAUUAACUUUACUCAGUCUUGUUUCUAUGAGCGUAAGGGAACUGAAACUGAUUGUUGAUGAUCUGGUUAGUUCAACAAUGAAAAACAAAAGUGAUAUUUUUAAAUUCUGCAACAUGAUCCAAGGCAUGAUAAACCUCGCGAGCAUCAAGAUAUGGCAGAUUAAUCCACACCCGAUCACUAAAUUUUUACUGAGGGCACUGCAGGAUUUACCCAAUUUAAGGCAAAUGCAUUUUUGCUCUCCAAAACUAGAGGACUUUGGGAAAUUGCAUCGCCUAGAGUUAAUAUCCAUAGACGUGAACAUGCCUUCUAGACUAAUGCUACGGUACUGCCGGUCUCUAAAAAAUUUGAGAACUCUUCAUCUCUCUGAGAAAGUGAGCAGCUCAAAUCUUAUUAACAUAAUAGAGCUAUUGCCGUAUCUACAUGAACUGAGUUUCUACAUACAUCGCUUCAGUAGUUCAAAACUGUUACCCUGCUAUUCAGAACAAAGGAACUCUCUGGUAACGAUUCUCGAUUUCCUGGCUCACAAAAGAACUUUGAAUGUCCUUAGAAUCAAGGGAAAUAUAAUUACUUCUAAUGAGGCUGAAUCCCUGUCCAAUAUCAACUCACUAAGGGCCCUGGAUUGCAGCUUCGCCAAUGCCGACUUGGUAAUAUAUCUGGCACAGCUCACCUCCCUGCAGAUUUUGCGCAUAACGUACCUCCAGCCCAUAGAUAUAUCUUCAACAUACCUCAAAGUGAUUCGACAGUGCAAGGAUCUGCAAUUUUUACGCAUCUUCGACUACAACAUCAAUCCGGACUUCGUUGGGAGAGUCGCCGAGGUAUUGAAAGAUAUGGAGUCAAAAAACACUUUAGAGCUAUUAAUCCACGCCCGUCAUGGCUCACUAACGUUAAAGGAGUUUCACUCCGAGGCGUUGGACACUAAAAUUCUGUUAUUUCGUUCAAUAACAGCCACUGAGUUAUUAAAAUUAUUAUGA